CACCAGACCACCACCCUCGACCACCAGACCACCACCCUCGACCAUCAGACCGCAGACCCCAAAACUUCUCUCCAAGAUUGUCGUCCGGUUGACAUUAUUCACUGUGACAACUUUUUUGCUUUUUCGAGCCAAAGCGAUCCGUCGUAUGCCAUCCCUGACGCCAUCGAGGACCUCAAGGAUCCCAAACUGCCUGUUGAUGCUGACGAUAAAGAAUUAGUCAGGAGUGUUGUGAAUCCCAACAGGUUGAUGAAUCAUGAGGAUUCUCGCGAGGGUAACCACCACAGCCCAACGUUCGUUUACUACGCAGGAAGUGUUCUGAAGUGUCCGCUCUGUGACCACUCUUGUCUGCAAGACCAGGAACUGUCUCUGCAUUUCUCAUCUCUACACUCAGACAAGAAACUGCAUCGUUGUUCCAUGUGCAGCUAUGCUACGGCUGACAAGCGUUCGCUGACACUGCACUCAGCUGCCAAGCACUCGACCGUACGGCCCUACAAGUGUCAGCUAUGCGAGUACGCGACGGCUGUCAAGCGCAACCUAACCGUGCACGUGACAGCCAAACACUCCGGCGAGAAGCCAUACAAGUGUCCGGCUUGUGAGUACUGCACGGCAUAUAAACAUGACGUCACACUUCACUUCGCUUCAAAGCACUCAGGGGAGAAGAUGCACAAAUGUCCGCAAUGCGAAUACGCUUCAGCAUACAAAGGCUCUGUGAUCUCACACUUCGCAGCCAAACACUCGAACGCGCGGCCGUUCAAGUGUUCUUUGUGUGGGUACACGACAGCUGUGAAGCGCAACCUUACAGUACACGUCACUGCUAAACAUUCUGGUGAUAAACACCACCAGUGCUCAGACUGUCACUACUCGACGCCUAACAAACAUGACUUAACUUUACAUUUCGCAUCGAAACAUUCGGGAGAAAAACUACACAAAUGUUCCCACUGUGAUUACGCCUCGGCCUAUAAAGGCUCGCUGGCCUCGCACAUCGCUGCCAAACAUUCUGACAGCAAACCUCAUGUUUGCUUUUACUGUGGAUACUCAACAGCUGUUAAACGGAAUCUCACCGUACAUUUGGCAGCCAAACAUUCAGUGGACAAGAGCCACAAGUGCUCUGAGUGUGCGUACUCUACGGCCAACAAACACGACCUCACUCUGCACUUUGCCUCCAGACACUCGGGGGAGAAGAGCCAUAAAUGCCCGCAUUGUGACUAUGCCUCUGCCUAUAAAGGAUCUCUAGCGUCCCACAUCGCAGCCAAACAUUCAGAGAAGAAACAUCUGGCGUGUACGCAGUGCGGGUACUGUACUCUACCGCUGUGACUACUCCACCGUCUUCCGGCGAGACCUCAACAAUCAUUUCUCCUCCAGACAUUCCACUCCAAACUUUCAAUGAUUCUUACGAGUUUUAUUCAAUGUUUAUUACUGUAUUUACCGAGCAAUAUCUUUCUUGCAUUUGUCACUCCCUUUAAUAUUUUUGAUGUCGGUAGUGGAUUUUGGCAGCAAUGUUAGGCUGCACUGUACAUUUCGUCACAUAACUAAUACUCAUGUUAGCUACCCUGCUGUACAUUGAUAUGAUCUCUAUGUAUAAUAAGAAUCUUAAAGAGUAUAAUUAGGAUCUCUAUAGAUAAUAAGAAUCUGUAGAUAUAAUUAGGAUCUCUAUGUAUAAUAAGAAUCUUAAUGAGUAUAAUUAGGAUCUCUAUAGAUAAUAAGAAUCUGUAGAUAUAAUUAGGAUCUCUAUGUAUAAUAAGAUUCUGUAGAUAUAAUUAGGAUCUCUAUGUAUUAUAAGAAUCUGUAGAUAUAAUUAGGAUCUCUAUGUAUAAUAAGAAUCUGUAGAGUAUAAUUAGGAUCUCUAUGUUUAAUAAGAAUCUGUAGAUAUAAUUAGGAUCUCUAUGUAUAAUUAUGUUGAUCAAGUUCAUUCAUGUCAGCAUCGUCUGAUAAAUUCGUAAUUUAAAAAUUCAUCUCAGGGAUUUUCUUCUAGCUGAUAUCAAUUUCACCCUACCAAAAAUGUAACUUUUUUAUGUAAUUCAAAUUCGCUAAGAUAUCAGAAAGUUUCAUCAGUAGAACCGCAGCGUUCAAAAUACUAAAACUGAUCUACGUAAAGUUUACAAUUGGACGAAUUUAAAGAUCCACGUCAAGUUUGGAUGAAUUUCUGCUCAACUUCGUUGAUAUUUCCUCGUUGAAGAUUGUAAUUAAACUUGCAAAAUUGUUUGUCUCACGUGGCUCUCUCAAUGAGCCUAACAAUGAGCUAAUUAAUGAACUCUAUUGUAAGUAUAAUGAUAAGCUAUAUAUUGAACUCUAUUGUAAGUGUGAUUAUACUCGGCGGCUAUUGUAAGUAUAAUCUAUUAUAAUAAGUAUAAUAUUGUAAGUAUAAUCUAGUAUAAAUGUAAAUGAUAAUAUAUAGUUGUGAUAUGAUAUCUAGAUCAUAUCACAUGAUAUGAUAUCUAGUGAUAUGAUAUCUAGAUUUUAUACUAGAUAUAAUGAUAUCUAGUAUAAAUGUAAGUAUAAUCUAAGUAUAAUCUAUUGUAAGUAUAAUUAUACUCUGCGGCUGUUGAGAGACAAAUAAUUAACUUAGAUGAAGUGCUGCCUGGCUUACCUGUCCAGCUGACUCGUUACUAGUCAAGGCAUUCGUGCGAGAGUAAGUAAAUAAAGUUGUGUAAUAACAGUAAAUACUAUGUUAUAUAUUAUAUAUUCCCUAUGUAGCGAGAGUAAAUAUUGUGUUCUAGACUCAUUAUUCCUUAUGUAGGAAGAGUAAAUAUUGUGUUCUGGACUCAAUAUUCCUUAUGUAGGGAGAGUAAAUAUUGUGUUCUAGACUCAUUAUUCCUUAUGUAGGGAGAGUAAAUAUUGUGUUCUAGACU